GGGAGGCGCAAGUGUUGCGGAGCUGCACGCCGCCUCGCUCGCUCGCUCGCUCUAUAUUAAGCAGCCGCUCACACGCUCGCUCGCUCUCACUCCAUUUGGAUGCCUCGACGCCAACGGACCAAUACUUUUCGCCCCGCGCCUCUUCCUGUUGCAUUCGUGAUUUUCGAAAGGGUUUUUCCUUUGGAUUACGGUUUUCUCCCCUUUUGGGAGGUGCGUAUGAGGUUGUGAAGUACAAGUGCACUGCGCGUCUGGCUUUCCUUGGGAUUAUCACACUUUUUGAGGAGCAGCGUGGAGUAAACAAUAAACACCAACGACGACACGCGCACACACAACACUUGAUUCACGCAAAGGUCGACUGAAGCAGCCCCAAAAGCUCUCGCUUUUUCUCCCCCGCCCUGAGGGGAUGGUCGAGGGUCGCCGGGGUCAGGAGCGACUGCGCGGCUCCUCCACGAUCGCUUCAUCUUGUCUGGGGUUCAUUCCAAAUUAAAAGGGAGAUGAGAGCCGCAAUUUACUAUUACUACUUCCUGCUGUGGACGACGUACCUUCUGCUGGCCACCGCUCAGGAAGUGCAGCACUUUCCUCAGGAGCUGAUCGACAGAUUGUCCCGCAGUGAAAUCCACAGCAUCAGCGACCUCCAGCGGCUACUCGAAAUUGACUCCGUAGGUACGGGAAACGAUGUCAUCGAGGCCUCGGAGCCUCGCAAGGACCAGCGCGAGCGACAGCACCGGCACAAGAAUUCCUCCCGCCACCCGGCUUACGAUGGCGACCUGAAGAGCUCGCAGCUGCAUGGCCGCCGCCGCCGCAAGAGAAGCAUCGUGGAGGAGGCGGUGCCGGCGGCGUGCAAGACGCGGACGGUGAUCUAUGAGAUCCCCAGGAGCCAAGUGGACCCCACCUCGGCCAACUUCCUGAUAUGGCCGCCCUGUGUGGAGGUGAAGCGCUGCACAGGCUGCUGCAACACCAGCAACGUGCGCUGCCAGCCCUCGCGCAAGCACCACCGCACCGUCAAGGUCGCCAAGGUGGAGUAUGUCAAAAGGAGGCCCAAGUUGAAAGAGGUCUUGGUACGGUUAGAAGACCACCUGGAGUGCGUGUGCACGUCGCAGCAUCACCCCGCCGCCGCGGAGCACUCGGAUGCAGAAACAGUGGACGUGAGGUGAGGACAGCAGUGUGGGCUCAUGGUUGCCACACAAGGAACCUUUACUUUAAAGACGGACGAACUAAGAAACAAUGAUGCCAAAGGUGCUCUGCCCCCCCCCUGCCCCCUUUAAAAACAAAUCACAUUAAAGAUGAGCCCGUGACGAAGCAAUGGAGCAAUGGGAGACAAGGAAAAGCGGCGUCGGUUGACCUCCCUGCGGGGCUGGAAAAGUAUCCCGCCCCUCUUGGGCGGCAAGGCAACGGUCGAUGCGGCCACCCGGACGCUCUUUUCGAACUAUUUGGACUUGAGGACGCUUGAGAGAACUUGUCCAAUUUUCUGCAUCCUAUUUUUAUUAUUUCUCUCUUGCGUGUUCUUUGGACAAGGAUGGGAGGAGAUGCGGGAAAGCCGGUCGCAGGAAGAUGCUUUAUUUUUGCUAUGAAAUAUAUUACACUCAGUUUUCAUUGAUUAUUGAAUGUCCGCAUGUAAUCCAUUUGGGCAAGGGGAAAAAAACGCUGUCGGAAUUGUAUGCAGGCAAGUUAUUUUUCAGCCAUAUCACUGUAAUGCUGAUAAGGACCAGGCCCGCCCAGUCUGCUGUAACACACGCACACACUCACACACGCACACACACGCAGUGCAAAGUUCAUGAGCGACAGAACAAGCAGAGCACGAAAGCGGCCCCGAGCUUGCCGUGAGCCCUACCCCGCUUCGGAAGCACGUCAAAUGGCAACACUCGCUCGCCAACGCCGGUCCCGCCAAGCCACCGUCAAAGCGCCACGACCGGGCAAAGUCCGACACUCGUAACCUGGGCCUUAUUUAUACGCCACCGCGUGUCUCGCCACUGUUUGGUUUUCCUUGCCAUCCGAACAGCAACAACAAAAAAUGAAUUCAAGUGUUUUUGUUGUUGUUGUUGUUUUUUACAAAGAGAAAACACAACAAUCCUUCCUAUUGGAUAAAGAUGGUGGUCAUCCUAACUUAUCUAUUUAUGUUCAACAAUAAAUCUAUUUCUGUUCAUAAA